AUGACCAGCUCCCAGCCAAACACUGCAACUUCUGCAUCGCAAUCAGCAUCCGCGUUAUCGUCCCGCCCUCCAGUGACCCUUGGCCAGACCACCCAUCUCGACCCAGGCGCCUACGUCCGGGGCACGCAUGCCAUCACAGUCGGUGAAUAUGACCUAGUACAUCCCAGGGCUCAACUGGUCGCUGUCCAUGGACCUUUAUCGAUCGGCGAUAGAUGUAUCAUCUCUGAGAAAUGCAUUAUUGGUGGCCCCGUUCGAAGCACAAGUGGUAUGUCCUCUGAUCCGGCUUCGAAAACGCCCAGUGCUCCAGGGAGCGGAAGUAAUCAGCCUAGUCCGUUGAUUAAUCAGGGUGGUGCUGAUGAUGCCGAUGAUGAGGAGCGUGACCCCAUGAAAACUGUGAUCCAUGAUUUUGUCUAUGUCCAUCCAAGUUCGCACGUCCAGGCUGGCGCAACGAUCAGGGAAGGUGUCUUGAUUGAAUCCAACGUGACUGUCCUUGCGAACGUCACUGUCGGUGCACAUGCGAAGAUCUGUGCGGGCGUGACCGUGGAUCGAAAUGUGGAGGAUUGGACUGUUGUGUAUGGAAAUGGCAACAUGAAACGACCGAGGAAGAGAAGGUCUGCUGAAGAAGAUCAGACUGAGCUGGUGGAGAUGCUGAGGCUCAAGGCCAUGGACAAAGAACGCGAAGGGACAGUGACUCUUUUGAGGGCGGCGGCUCGGACGGCGAAUUUGGCCAAGAAGAAAUGA